AUGUCGUAUUUAGGUAAUUUGCCUGUUUUCGAUCACAAAACAAGUGAAUGGUCAAUAGUUUAUGGGAAAUUAACACAGUUCCUAAGGAUAAAUAAUGUGACAAAAGAAGAAAUUAAGAGUGGUAUCCUGCUUACUCAUCUCACCGAUGAAACCUACCGCUUAGUACGUAACUUAGCGUACCCUAACACGGUGGAAUCGUUAACUUACAACGAGCUAGUUCAAAUACUCAACAGCCAUUUCAAACCAAAGCAGUGCUCCUUCGUAGAUAAGGCCAACUUUUUCGGAGCGACUAGAAGUCCAGGAGAAUCACUGGGAGACUGGGCGGCGCGAUUAAGAGGACUAGCAAGCCAUUGCGAAUUCGGCGACGCCCUGGAAACGAAUCUGAGAGAUCGUUUUGUCCUAGGCCUGGGCUCUGGCCCGGAACGUGACAAGCUGUUCGAGCAGAACCCGACAACACUUACGCUAACUAAGGCGAUUGAAAUAGGGGAACAAGCUGCUUGCGCAAGAGAGGUAAAGGUGAUGCUGAAUACGAGCGAUUUUGGGGUCAUCAAGGAAGAACCUGUGUAUCGUGCAAAAUUUCACCAGUUCGCUCGGGGAAGCGGAGGUGACGGCAGUGGCAAUGACAGUGUCGGCGCUAGGACAUCGCGACGCGAAACUGGCUCCUGUUCAGUUUGUGGUAUGAAAAAUCAUUACAGUGAUAAAUGCCGGUACAAAAGCUAUAAGUGUCAAAAGUGCGGUAUAAAAGGGCAUUUAAAGAAAGUUUGUGCUAAAAAUAAAAAUAACUCGUGUGCUUAUCACAUUCAAUCAGAACAGGAAUGCGGCGCUAAUGAGGCCAAGGACACAGGUUGCGUAAAAUGCCAGAACUUUAACUUAAGGUACGUUGAUGAUAAACCAAUUGAAAUAAAUUUAAUUUUGGGCAAUCACAACUUAACAAUGGAACUAGAUUCAGGCUCGAGCAGCUGUGUAAUUUCUGAAAAACUGUAUGCUGAAAAGUUUUCCGAUUAUCAUUUGAAUAACAGCAAUAUAAAAAUGUGUCUGUAUAAUGGGCAUAAAAUCUCUCCACUUGGAUAUUUCUGGGUUGAAGCUUGUUAUAAUAAAGUUAAACACAAAAUAAAAAUUUAUGUUGUUAAAAAUGGGGGUCCUCCCCUGCUGGGUAGAGAUUUUAUGUCCGCGUUUAAUUUAAUUAUAACAACUAACAUAAUGUCUAUGUGUAUUGAUAAGAAUGUAAACAAUGUAUUGCAAAAGUUCCCUAACUUGUGGCAGGAUGAGUUAGGUUCGUUCAAUAAAUUUAAAGUACGUUUACGUUUAAAGGAAAAUGCAAAACCUAAGUUUUUCAAGCCACGAACCGUACCCUUUUCCCUUAGGGAUAAAGUCGAAGAAGAGUUGAACCGUUUAGUGACCUUAGGUAUUUUAGUUCCAAUUGACCAAUCAGAGUAUGCCACGCCUAUUGUACCUGUUUUGAAGGAAAACAAUAAAAUAAAAAUAGCAGGAGAUUUCUCGGUCACGCUGAAUAAAGAUCUUUUGAUUGAAAGAUACCCCCUACCUCGAAUCGAAGAGGUAUUUGCUAAAAUUGGGGGUGGCGAACGAUACAGUAAAAUUGAUCUUAAGAAUGCUUAUAAUCAAUUUGUUUUAGAUGAGCUAUCACAAUUACUUACAACAAUAAAUACCCAUAAAGGGUUAUUUAAAUAUACAAGAUUAGUGUAUGGCUUAUCUAAUGCACCUGCAAUCUUUCAAAAGGCUAUGGAGACACUUCUCUCUGGCAUAGAUGGAGUCAGCGUAUGGCUCGAUGAUAUAUGUAUAACUGGCCCCAAUAGUGAUUCCCACAUUAAAAGAUUAGAAGAAGUAUUAAGUCGGUUAAGUGACGCCGGGUUGCGACUACAGAGAGACAAGUGUGAUUUCUUUAAGGAUAGUGUAAAAUAUUUAGGCUAUGUCAUAGAUAAAAACGGCUUAAAGACUGACUCGGAAAAAGUUCACGCUAUCAUUAAUGCGCCCGAGCCGACUAACGUAACCGAAGUUAAGAGAUUUUUAGGCAUGGUCAAUUAUUAUAGGAAUUUUAUACCAAAUGCUUCUUCACUACUCCAUCCUCUUCACGAGCUAUUGCGUCGCGAUACGCCAUGGGAGUGGGGCGAGCAUCAGAGGCGUAGCAUGGCGGCAGUGCGCCGCGAGCUGGCGUCCGAACGCGUGCUAGCGCACUUCGAGCCCACAGCACAACUCGUACUGUGCGUGGACGCCGGACCCGGGGGCCUAGGCGCCGUUCUAUCACAACGAUCGGACGACGGUCACGAACGCCCCCUCGCAUUUGCGUCUCGUUCACUCACCACCAGUGAACGUAACUACAGCCAAAUUCAGAAAGAGGCAACUGCCAUUAUAUUCGGGGUGAAGAAAUUUCAUCAAUUUUUGUAUGGUAGAAGCGAGCCGUUUAUUCUUAAAACCGACCAUAGGCCUCUAGUUUCUAUUUUCGAUACUAAAACAGGCAUACCUAUUACAACAGCGCUGAGAUUACAGCGAUAUGCUAUAAUAUUAUCGGCCUAUAAUUACACUGUCCAGUAUGUGUCGAGCGAUAAAAACGUAGUUGCAGAUUAUUUUUCUCGCUCACCCUUAACGUGUAGAAAUGCAUCGGAUUGCCACGAUUUAGAUUUAGACUCUUACUACGUAGUUAAGUUUAUGAAUGAGACGUCACCGGCGACGACAAUCCGCGAUAUUGCACAAGUGACACAACAAGAUACGGUUCUUAAAACAGUCAUUAGGUACAUGAAUCACGGUUGGCCACGUAAAAUAAGCUGUCGAACAAUACUUCCUUAUUUUCAAUGUAAGUCCGACUUACAGUUCGAACAAGGGUGCUUAUUUAGAGGACAUAGAAUAGUAAUUCCGUCAAAGUUUAGGGAACACAUGCUAAAAGAACUACACGACACACAUCUAGGAAUAAUAAAAACAAAAAGUAACGCACGAAGUAGGAUGUGGUGGCCGGGUAUCGGUGUAUUACGGUGGUAG